ACGAAGCAAUUGGCUUUCCCUCCAUUUUUUGCUGUCUCUCACUCCCACUCUCUCUCUCUCUCUCUCUCUUUCUCUCUCUCUCUCUCUCGCUCACUCCUACAUCCCACCCCCACUCACUCACUCAUUCUCUCUCUCUCCCAUCCUUCUCACUCUCCGCAAGCACGAGCAGGCCCUUGCAUAUCGUAUCCAAUGGACACCUCCACCGCCCGCCCGGUCCCUAUGCCUCAGCUGGCCCAGAACGGAAAGCGGCUGCAGUCCGCCUCGCCGGAUCCAGAGGGCCCUCGCCAGCCCCAGAGCCAACCCCAGAGCCAGCCCCAACGCCACCAUCAACACCACCAGCACAGCCUCAGCCACAAUCACCCUGGAUUUGAACAUGGACAUGGACGUCCUCAAAGCAGAACCAAGAGCAGGAGCAGGAGCAAGAACAGGAGCAGAAGCAGCACAGUCAGCAGUAUAAACACUGCUCUCGCUACCACCGCACGGGACAGCAGAAAUAUCCCAGUCCAUGGCGCCGGCACAGGGCUCUCCUUGCGCGAGCAGCAGCAACAACGUAAUCAGCAGGCCGCCGCCGCCGCCGCCGCCACCCACAGCAACAGUAACUGCAACGACCCAAACACCGGCAGUCUGACCCUCAGCAUCACUCCGCCUAAACAGUCCUCGUACCUCACAGCAGACCCCUCCUCGUGCAACGCAAACAACGCUGAUCUACAGAGACAACAGAAUGGGAGCAACAAUAGCCAAUUGGGAGAUAGUCAUGACUCCCUGGGAUCAUCACUCUCUCAACCAACCAGCAGCGCCAGCACCGCCAGCUCGCGGCGGGCGUCCUUCAACCUGUCGACUGGAUCCUUAAACUUUAAUCCUAGUACAUCCAUAUCUCUGGCUUCGCCUUCUUCGCCAUCUUAUUCCACCAUUGCUGUCGCACGAGCCAGGGCUGCAGCGGCUGCCGCAGCAGCAGCAGAAGGUCAGGGGGCCGUAGGAUGGGGAGAAAGAGGACAGCGAGGAACAGGAAGUGGAGGAGGACAUGGAGGAUUCACGGAAUCAGGAGUCUUUCCAGGAGCUUCGUCAUCGAUGCAAUUCUCAUCCACUGCCUCAUCGUCUUCGUCAUUUCCUCAGGAUUCGACAUACAAUUCUGGAUCACAACCACCGUUCUCUUCAUCCCUCGCCUCUUCUCCUUCCUCUGUGCUGUCGAAUGCCUCCGGCGGGACAUCACCACCCCUGUUUGGGUCAGGACUAGGAUCAAGACCGAGUUCUUCUUCGAAACUGCCGACACAUCUACAGGACAAUGCUGAAGCUGAACGUGAGAUUUCAAUGAUCCUAGACAACUUUUUGUUCGUCGGAGGCGAGCUCGUGGAGGAGGAGCAGAUCCUGGAGCUGGAACGCCUGGGCAUCAAGAGGGUCCUCAAUAUGGCCAUCAAUUGCGAUGAUGAGCUCUGGAUCCGGCGGUUUGGCACAGAGGGCUACCUCAAGAUCGGACUGUUGGAUCAUGUUGACCAGGACCUGAAGGAGGGGCUGAACAAAGCCAUCGAGUUCAUCGCAUCAUCCACGGAGCCAGUCUAUGUGCACUGUCAAGCAGGGAAAUCCAGAUCGGUGGCGACGGUGAUCGGAUAUCUGAUUCAGGAAUGUCGUUGGCCGCUCAAGAAGGCCUAUGACCAUAUGGUGAAGCGCCGCCGGAUCAUGUCGCCCAACAUUGGAUUUGUAUCGCAACUGAUCAUGCUGGAGGAGUGCAUCCUGGGGCCAGAGAGGGCCGGUGGACUGGUCAGUGUUGGUGACGAGGUCGACCCUGCAUCGAGGACGACGGUCGUGCCUUGGAUGAGUUCAUCAUGAGAAUGAGGAUGAGGAUGAUGAACUCAGGAUCUCUCGCUUUUACGGGCCCCUCUCCCCCCAUUACCUUGCUAACAUCGCUUUUUCGCAUUGCACAUAUGUGUUCUUUCCAUCGGCAACCAA